GGCCGCGGCCGCCCCGCCCGUCAGCGCUGGCCGCGCCAUGUGCCGCCGCCGCCGGGCGCCGAGCCGGCCCGCCCGGAGCUGCCCGCCCUGCCCUGUCCUGCCCGCCCGUAGCGGCCUGCCCUGCCUGCCCUGCCCUGCCUGCCGCCGCCCCCGCACGGAAAAACAAAAUGAAGGAACUAGUGUCAAACAGUACAGCCAAUAUAUCUCAAGCCAGGAAAGCUGUGGAGCAAUUAAAAAUGGAAGCAUACAUGGAUAGGAUGAAGGUAUCCAAGGCUGCAGCAGAUUUAUUGGCAUAUUGUGAUGCUCAUAUUGCAGAAGAUCCCCUUAUUAUUCCAGUGCCUGCAUCUGAAAAUCCCUUUAGGGAGAAGAAACUCUUUUGUACUAUUCUUUGAAUCAGUUUUCAAUUAAAAAUGUCUUCUGCUAAAAUUUGAUAUCAGUGUUGCAUGCUUUUUAGUUUUUUGCAUUUUUUUCUUCAGAUGUCAAUACUUAGCCUGUAACUACAGUAUUUUUAGAAGGUAGAGCAUUUUCUGCUAAAUAAUGAAAAUUAAAAAAAAAAUAAAUCCUAAAACACUCAAGGUAAUCCUUAUCUUUCAGACCAAUAUACAGGUUUAGUUUCCAUUCUUUCAAACUCUUUUGGUCUCAAUGAGAGUAUUGAGUACAGUAUCAAAUUGUAGAUACUAUUGCCAGUCAUAGAUCUAAAUGAGUCAUAUCAAUUCUUGAAGCUAUUUUUAGCAUUCUUAUUUUCUUUGGAAGGUGAAUUUAAUUAAUUUACCUUUACAAAUUUAUACCUAUAAAGAGCAGUGUGACCUUUCUUUAAGUAAUAUUGUUUAGAGAAAAAAUCCCAGUGAUUUGUUUGGAACAAUCAGUCUUAUACAGUAAGCGGUGUUUAUAAAUGUUUUGUGAAGACUGUAAUAAACUUGACUACAAAAACAAUCUUAGUAAAGCAACAUUGUAACUACAAGCCAAAUGAAGAUGUAUAGUUGCACACUAGGACUGCAUCAAUAAAACUGUAGAAAACCA